AUGGGCGAACUUCAGUGGAGCCCAAAGAAAUCAAUUAUUUGGGCGAAGACUUAUAAAAAUUGUACGCAUACUUCGAAACAUUUCUCUUCAAUAUUCUAUCAAGCCUUAAAGAUGGAAGGUAGAGAAUAUUGGAUGUACAAUAGUAGCGUCGUGCGUACUUCCGAAAUAUAUACGAAAGGCGUUUCUACUUUUCUUAAGGUUGCUGAAGCGAAUCGGAGGAAUGUUGGCUCCAAAGAGAUUUGGUGUCCUUGUAUGAGUUGUAAAACUUUUCAAAAAUUCGGAAAUAUUCGUGAUAUAGAGUAUCAUUUGCUUGCAAAUGGUUUUAUGCCUAAUUACACUUGUUGGUCAAAACAUGGGGAAUCACGGAUUGAUGGUGCCACAACAUCGACUAAUAUAGACAAUGAGGAUAAUGAAAAUCUCUUAUAUGAUGGCAAUUUAAACGUUGAUGAUUUAAAUGAUGACGAUUUAAAUGGUGACGACUUAACAGAUGACACUUUAAAUGAUAAAAACUUAGAUGACAUGUUUAAGGAUUUAGAGAAUGAUAUCGACGAUGAUGAUUAUAUAAAAUUACAACAUCUAAUUGAAGAUGCACAAAAACCAUUAUACAGCGAUUGUGAGAUUUCAAAACUUGAAGCUGUGUUGAAGUUAUUUAACUUGAAAGCAAAAAACAGAUGGAGCGAUACAAGUUUCACAGAUCUAUUAGUUGUUUUGCAUGAAAUACUUCCGAAAGAUAACGAGUUACCAAUUUCAUUUUACCAAGCCAAGAAAAUGAUGAAUCCAAUGGGAUUGGAAGUGGAAAGAAUACAUGCAUGCCCGAAUGAUUGCAUCUUGUAUAGAAAUGAGUAUGAGAGCAGUCAUAAAUGUGUUGUAUGUGACGAAUCUAGGUACAAGAGAAAAAGUAAAACUGGUGAAUAUCAUAAUGAUGUGACGAAAAAUGGACCACCGGCCAAAGUAAUGUGGUAUUUCCCAAUUAUACCAAGACUAAAACGAUUAUUUUCAAACGAGAAAGAAGCAAAACUGUUACGUUGGCAUUCUGAUGAGCGUAUAAAAGAUGGGAAAUUAAGACAUGUGGCAGAUUCGAUUCAAUGGAGAAAUUUUGAUAGGAAAUUUCCAGAAUUCGGUAAUGAGGCUAGGAACAUAAGGUUUGGGCUUAGUUCCGAUGGAUUCAAUCCUUUCGGAAACGCUAGUAGUGGUCAUAGUACAUGGCCGGUUCUUCUUUGCAUCUACAAUCUUCCACCGUGGUUAUGCAUGAAACGAAAAUACAUAAUGAUGUCGUUGUUGAUUCAGGGUCCGAAACAACCUGGUAAUAAGAUUGAUACUUAUUUGUCCCCUCUGAUUGAUGACCUAAAAACUUUAUGGAGUUCUGGAGCAGAUGUGUAUGAUGCUUACAAGAAGGAAUAUUUUAAAUUGAGUGCCAUGAUUUUUUGCACCAUAAAUGAUUUCCCAGCGUACGCUAAUUUAUCAGGAUAUAGUACGAAAGGUAAAAAAGCUUGUCCUGUUUGUGAAGACGAGACAAGUUCGGUGUGGUUAAAUAAUUGCAGAAAAACGGUAUACAUGGGACACCGAAGGUUCCUUCCGCGUGGUCACAAUUAUCGGUUUAACACAAAGGACUUUAAUGGAAGUACCGAGACUGGAAAAGCACCCAAGAAUUUUGAUGCAUUUUCACGAGUUACAAAUCUAGAAACCGUGUUGGGAAAAAGAACUCGUGUAAAGCAAGGUGUUAAUUGGAAAAGAAGAUCAAUCUUUUGGGACUUACCAUACUGGAGACAUUUACAAGUUAGGCAUUGUCUAGAUGUUAUGCAUAUCGAGAAAAAUGUAUGUGAUAGCUUGAUAGGAUUAUUAUUAGACAUUCCCGGAAAAACUAAAGAUGGUAUCAAUGUUCGUAAAGAUAUGGAAGAAAUGGGAAUACGUAAAGAGCUUGCUCCUGUUGAUAAAGGUAAUCGUAUUUAUCUGCCACCUGCGUGUUAUACAAUGUCAAAGGAAGAGAAAACAAAGUUUUGUACGUGUUUACACAAUAUUAAAGUUCCAUCUUGCUACUCUGCAAACAUUGGAAGGUUGGUGUCGAUGAAAGACCGUAAAUUAAUCGUAAAUAACUUAAAGAAAACAUAA